GCACUACCUUUUAUUUUUACUUUUUGCCGAAGAAAAAUGAAUAAAUAAAUUACAUUACCCUAAUGAAAUUUAAUUUAUUUUGUAGUAUUUCAAAUGGCCAACAUCACCAAAAGAGAAUUUGACAUUCUUGAUUUAUCCGGUCAAAGGUACCUGGAAUGGAGGGUUGAUGCACUUGCUCACCUUAAGGCUAAUGGCCUCAAAAAUACAAUUGCUGAGAAUAAUACAUCAUCAUCUCAGCAAAAGGCAAAAAAUAAUGAGCUCUUAAUGAAAAAUCACAACAUGAGGCCCAAUGGUUGUACCCCUACAAAUUUUAGCAAUCCGGAUCGUGGUUCAGCACCGGAAUCAAACGUUAUCCAAGGUGGUGCACGCGGACAUUUUAAACGUGGACGCAGAAAUAACCGCAACAAAGGGCCAAAUAGGGGAUAUAAAAAUCCAAAUGGAUCAUCCUCCAAAGGAAAAGGAAAAUUCAAACCACCACAAGCUAAAACUUAUGAAAAGCCAGAACCAAGUGGUGAAUGCUACAAAUGUGGCAUAAAAGGACACUGGGCGAAUGAAUGUCGAACGGCAAAACAUUUGGUUAAAUUAUACCAGGCUUCCACAAAAGGAAAAGGGAAAAAUGUGGAAGCUAAUUAUGCUGAUGAAAUCAAUCCAAUUUUGCCUAAAUUUGACGUGUCCGAUUUCUACAUGGAUGAUGCUGAAAUUGGUGAUGAAGUGACCUUUGGUGGAACUACUACUAUUUAAACAUUUUCAUUUACUCUGUUAUGGUGUGUUUAUUUUUUAAAUAAAUGUUGGAAAUUUGUAUUUUAUUUUCAUGUGUGCUUGUAUUAUUAUGUCUGUUCUAAAAAAAUGAUAAUAAAAUGUAUGAUAUUUG